GUGUGAGAGAGAAAAAUAGAGGGAUACAUGAGGGAGUGUGUGUGAGAGAGAGAAAUAGAGGGAUACACGAGGGAGAGUGUGUGUGUGUGUGAGAGAGAGAAAUAGAGGGAUACACGAGGGAGUGUGUGUGAGAGAGAGAAAUAGAGGGAUACACGAGGGAGAGUGUGUGUGUGUGAGAGAGAGAAAUAGAGGGAUACACGAGGGAGAGUGUGUGUGUGUGUGAGAGAGAGAAAUAGAGGGAUACACGAAGGAGUGUGUGUGUGUGUGUGUGUGUGUGUGUGUGAGACAGAGAGAGAGAAAUAGAGGGAUAAACAGAGUGAGUGUGUGUGUGAGAGAGAAAUAGAGGGAUACACGGAGGGAAUGUGUGUGUGUGUGAGAGAGAGAGAGAAAUAGAGAAACAGAGUGAGAGAGAGAAAUAGAGGGAUACAUGGAGGGAGUGUGUGUGUGUGUGUGUGAGAAAGAAAUAGAGAAACAGAGUGAGAGAGAGAAAUAGAGGGAUACACGAGGGAGAGUGUGUGUGAGAGAGAGAGAGAAAUAGAGAAACAGAGUGAGAGAGAGAAAUAGAGGGAUAAACAGAGUGUGUGUGUGUGUGAGAGAGAGAGAGAGAGAAAUAGAGAAACACAGAGAGAGAAAUAGAGAGAUAAACAGAGUGAGUGUGUGUGUGUGAGAGAGAAAUGGAGGGAUACGCAGAGGGAGAGUGUGUGUGAGAGGGAGAGAGAAAUAGAGAAACAGAGUGAGAGAGAGAAAUAGAGAGAUAAACAGAGUGAGUGUGUGUGUGUGAGAGAGAGAGAGAAAUAGAGAGAUAAACAGAGUGAGUGUGUGUGUGUGAGAGAGAGAGAAAUAGAGGGAUACAUGGAGAGAGAGAGAAAUAGAGAAACAGAGUGAAAGUGUGUGUGUGAGAGAGAAACAGAGUGAGAGAGUGCGCGUGAGAGAGAGAUGCACGGAGUGUGUAUAGUGAGAGAGGGAGGGAGUGUGUGUGCGAGAGAGUGAGAGAGAGAGAAAAAGAGACAGAGAGAGAGGGAGUGUGUGUGCGAGAGAGAGCGAGAGAAAGAGAGAGAGAGAGAGGGUGUGUGUGUGAGAGAGAGAGAGAGGGAGGGAGUGUGUGUGCGAGAGAGAGAAAGAGAGAGAGAGAGUGUGUGUGCGAGAGAGAGAGAGAGAGAGAGAGGGGGAGUGUGUACGUGAGAGAGAGAAAUACACAGUGUGUGCGUGUAAGAGAGAGAUACAUAGAGUGUGUGUGGUGAGAGAGAGAGAGAGAGAGAGAGAGAGCUUGAACUACUAUGGCGCUCGCGCAGAUUUGGCGGUGGGAAAGCGCGAGCACAAUAUUGGCACCGCUCUCGCGCCAGGUUUGUCAGGAACACGACAGCGGAAAGUCUUCUCUGUUUUUACUUUAAACCGGAAAUAAGCGACAGCCGGUGAGACGUUGCAAGGCAAGAAGGGAAGGAAGGAAGCCGCUGAGUUCGGAGGAGGAACAGGAGAAAGAGGGAUCGGUUACAAAGUUGCACUGACUGACUGACGGUAUAAAAAAAAAAAAGAGAGAGAAAAAAAGCGUUGACACGACAAUGGCAGAAAGAAACGCCACGGAGCGCGCGAGCUGAACCUCUUCACGCGACCGCUUCUUCACGCGACCGCCUCGCGCUUUCGCUUGGUUUAUUUCUUUACCGGUUCGGGUUUGUUAAACGCGCGACCAUGCCUGCGAAGACCAAGUACAAUUUAGUGGACGACGGACACGACUUGCGGAUUCCUCUACACAACGAGGAGGCAUUCCAGCACGGGAUUCAUUUCGAGGCGAAGUACAUUGGGAGCCUGGAUGUCGCGCGACCCAACAGCCGUGUGGAAAUAGUAGCUGCCAUGAGACGGAUCCGGUAUGAAUUUAAAGUGAAGAACAUCAAGAAGAAGAAAGUCAACAUUAUGGUCUCUGUGGAUGGAGUGAAAAUCGUGCUGCGUAAAAAGAAAAAGAAAAAAGAAUGGAUGUGGGACGAGAGCAAGAUGAUGGUGAUGCAGGACCCCAUUUACAGGAUCUUCUACGUGUCACACGAUUCGCAAGAUCUGAAGAUCUUCAGUUAUAUCGCUCGAGAUGGACAGAGCAACGUGUUCAGAUGCAACGUCUUCAAAUCCAAGAAGAAGAGCCAGGCCAUGCGGAUCGUGCGGACGGUGGGUCAAGCGUUCGAGGUGUGUCACAAACUCAGCCUGCAGCACACACAGCAGAACGCAGACGGCCAGGAGGACGCUGACAGCCCCAAGACCUGCGCAGACUCUGGCCUACAUGAUCGGGAGUUAACUGGAGCUGAGAAGACGCUGGCAGAAGAGACGGACAUCGACGCAGAGGAGUUGCCACUCCCUGACAGCACAGUGGACGAGUUCAGCCGAGGAGUCACUGACCUGGAUGCUGCUAAGAAUGACGAUGAGGAUCUGACCGACAAAAAGCUUUGUGAAGAUGCCUCCAUCCUGCUGGCUUCUCCAAAGAUGCUGCUUCCAUCGUGCAGCGAGUUGGCAGCCAACACGCCGCUCUCCAUGCACCACCAGCUCCAACUCCUCCAGCAGCAGCUCAGCCAGCAGCAGCAGCAGACCCAAGUGGCUGUAGCUCAGGUUCACCUGCUGAAGGACCAGCUCUCUGCAGAAGCAGCAGCCAGGAUAGAAGCUCAGGCUCGAGUGCACCAGCUGCUGCUGCAGAAUAAAGACCUUCUGCAACACAUCUCAUUGCUGGUCAAACAGAUCCAGGAGCUAGAGCUCAAACUGACCGGCAACGGCUCCAUGGGAUCUCAGGACAGUCUACUGGAGAUCACUUUCCGAGCCAACGUGCCCCCGAUCAUCUGUGACGUUACGACGCCACGCCCCGAAGACAUGGUCCUGCCACCGCUGAACGAUGGCACGCAGCUCGCUCUGCCCCUGAGCAGUCCUUUAGGUAGGGACCAAAGUCUGGCUAAGUUUGAGUGUUUCCGUUUUCUCCCUGGACCGCCUCAACAGGAGCAGAGCCCCGCCCCCUCCCAGGAGGUAUCGCCCUCAUCCCGGGAUGAGCUGCUGGGGAGCCUGGAGCUGCUCAAGUUCCGUGAGUCGGGCAUCGCCUCGGAGUACGAGUCCAACACGGACGAGAGCGAUGAGCGGGAUAGCUGGGGGCCGCAGGACGACAGCAGUCUGCGUCUGCUCAAUGUGCUCAACCAGCACGGUCCCUCUGACUGCCUGGACGAUGAAAUCGCUGUUUAGGCUGGGGACGUGCUAAUGGCUAAAGCUAAGUGUGCUAACUGCUCAUAU